AACUUCUAUGUUAGCUUAGCAAGUCCGCCCUCUCUGACAACCAAGUUACAACAUAUACUCAGAGAGAUAGCUAUGUUCAGUUCUACCAGACAGGCCCUUGGCAAUGGAUCCAAAAGAUUUGUUAGAUUCAAUUCAAAAAAAGCCACCGAUGAUGAUUUCUUUGCUAAUAUUUUCAAACGUGUCGAAGCUGUUACUACUAAGGUCGAAGAAAUGAAGAAGACCUCACCUCGUACACACUAUAAACGUUUUCAACAGAAAACUUCUGAAGGAUCUGGAGAAAACCGUCCUAGAUUUAAUAAAGCUCCAAGAUUUAUCAAGCCUGUGGAAGGAGAAGAACAACCCAGACCUAUUAAAACAGGAAACGCUGGGCAAGGAAAUACCGUAAGACCACGUUUCACCAAUAGAAGUGAUUCUCAGCCAACACCAUAUGUAAAUGGUGAGCGUCCUCAAUUUGUCAGAAGAGAUCCAAACCGUCCUGCGUUUUCUAGAACUCAAAGUGAUCGUCCACAAACUCACGAACCUAGACAGGGCCAACCAAGACGUCCUGCUUCCGGGCAACCUUCUUCUUUUAGAACUAGAAAUGGGGCUAAGGGUAAUAGAAGACAAGGGGAUGCUGACAGAAAGGAUGCACCAACUUUAUUCCCAAGAAUUGUAUCGAAAGAAGCUCAACCUCAUGCGUUAGCUCCUACCAUCAAUGCAGAAACCUUCUUCUACGGGAAGGUUCCAAGUUCAAACGCAACUGUUUCUGCAAGAAUUGCCUCUAUUGCCAAAUUGCAAUUGAUUAAAUCUAAAUAUCCAUUUAACUUACCAAAGAAUGUUAUUGAAUUAGCUCCAAGAAAAUUACCUGGUGAAACCAUCAAUCCAUUCAUCUUACAAAAUAACUGGAACCUUACUGUUGGUGGUAAAAGCUUGGCUUAUACCGUAAAGAGAGCCGUCAAGGGGAAAAUUGAUUAUGUUCAAACUGGCAAGGCAACUGGUUCAGAUGUUCAAUUUACUAGCGCUAUGAUCAACAAGAAUGCUAGUUUGGCAUUGAAACAGAAACAAGUGUUAUUUGAUGCUGUAAAUGGUACCAUAAGUCCAAGAUCACUUUUGGCAAACGCUUCCUGGAACAGGAAGUAGAUUAAUAACUCUGUACAUAGUAAAAUCUGAAUACACACAACCUAUUCCAUUAUGGUAUU